CUUAAUUCCUGACAACUCCAAUAACCAUUGCCACUUUCAUCAACUUCGUCAGAGUCCGUGAAAAGAUGUGAUUUCCAUCGCGGUAUUUCGUACGUUGCAAGUAACAUUGGUUCAUUAUUUUGCCAAAUCGCAUAACAUAGUUUUAUCAUGAGUGAGAAUAACAGCUUAAACGAUUCGAACGGUGCUCCAAAUUCGAACCUGGCGUCCGAAUACGCUCUGCGGGUUGCAUUACAAACAAUGAAAGAACGAUGCGUUUCACUUCAGCAGCGUCUGGAGAUCGUCGAAGAAGAAAAUAUUUCGAUAAAAAGCAAAUUGAGUUCGGACAGUGGUUGGCGCGAUGGCAAUAACUCGCGAAGCUCGAGAUCCGAUAAUCAGUCUGAAGCGGAAAUCCUACGUGAUAAGCUAAACAAAAUGACGAAGGAAAAGCUCCAGCUAACGGAGCAUAUUGCGAUGGUUACGACAGAGAAUCGCCAGCUCUGGUCGCGGUUGUCGCAGCUCGUUAAAGAUCAAAACAAUAAACAAAAGAAACCCGAAGUGGAGCAAAGCAGUCCGGGUGGGAGUGCCCAGCGGUUGAUUAGAUCCGAGACCUUCACACAACAUUCGCCAAACGUUCUUUUGCGGCCAAAACCUAUAGUACCUUCGCCUUCAGCGGCCAAUGACGAGUGCAGCAUGGAAGACGUGUCUUUGAAGAAUUUGGAUGACAAGGGCAACGGCAAGGGGGCUAGUGCCAAGUCUUCGUCGACUUUGAAUUUCGGCUACUUAAAUGACGACGCGUCCCGUCUCGGGGACUUCUCCCAGGACUUGAACAGCUGCACCUCAGGCCUGCAAGACAUGAAAAUGGAGCUGAAGCUGCAGCAGGUCAAGUUGAAGGUGUUAGUGGAUCUGAUAAAGGAACGAAGGGCAAAUCCAUCCUGUGCAGAGUGCCGUAAACACAAAGAGAAACCCGAGACUGCUGACAAAGGCCUGGAAACUGACGAAUGUGUGAAUGAAAAACAAAAACGAUCCUCUCUUGUCCGUCAAGAUCAGUUACAAGAAUCCUCGACUAGUUACGAUGGUUCAAAUCACGUCAAUAUCCUUGAGCAAAAGCGCUUGGCGGAUGAAAUGGAUAAAAUGUGUCCAUUAUGCGGAAAAACGUAUACGAGUGCUAUACCGUUUGAAGACUUCAGGGAGCACGUUGAAACGCAUUUCAUCGAUGACAUCGAAUUGGAUCCCAACAGUAUAGAGAAUAAUUUCGAGUUCAUUUCGCACACCGUUGGAAACUUUUGACGUUUCAAAAAGAUUUUCUUUUCAAGCGAACUGUGAAUUAAGUAAUUGAAUCAUUUUAUUACGUUGAGAAAAUGCGUUUUAAAUCCCUCUUUUAGUUUGUAGUUAGCUAGGAAUUUCUAUAUACAAAUAAAAAUUGUGUAUAAUAUGUAUUUGUGAAUAUGAAACGUAUCUAGCUGUAAGUGUUCGAAUGACCUAAAGAAGAUAUGAAUGAAUAUUGUUAGACUGUGGAUAGGACGCCAUGUUUACGAAAGUGUUUUAUUUGUACGAUUUGUCUGAGAUAAAUAAAAAUCCAGUGUUUAUAUAUAUCAA